CCGUCAAUAUCAUCACCAACCCUGUCAUGGAUGUGCCACAGGAUGCAUGUGCCAGCCGGCUGCUGGUACCAUGACUGAGCAAGACGCCUUGUGGGAUCAAAGCGCUUGACCUGCGAGCGGCUGCUGUCUGCACCGCUUCGAUGCCCUCUGUACGAAAAUGGCACAUUUGCACGCUGCGCUAGAAGAUUGCCAGCUGGCGGAUGAAUUCCACUUGAAAUCAAGGGCGAAGACGUCUCAUCAACUGUCUGAAGUCGCAACCGAGAUAGAGGUCGAAAAUUCAGAUACAAGCGGCGCGAACGGAUCGAACACGAGCGAUGCAGCCCCCGAUCCCCCCUCAUCGACUUCGGCACGCGCGGAGCGCGCUCCUACGGUCGCAGAUCUGACGAGGGCCGCGGUCAAGUCUGCCGCAUCGCGUGGUCUACCUCCACGAGCGGUACUCGAUCUGAUGCUGCUUCCCAUUAAACUCUUGGGAAUACCAACUUCGCUCGAUCCCGCCUCCUUAUGGCCGCACAUCCUCUCCCUAGGCCCAAUCCCCGCGCACAUCGCCUUCAUCAUGGACGGCAACCGACGCUUUGCACGCUCAUCCUCACUGACAAUCCAGCAGGGACAUAUGAGCGGGUUCGAAGCGCUCAAGAAGACGCUAGAUGCGUGCUUGCAGCUCGGCGCUGUCAAGUGCGUCACAGUGUAUGCAUUUGCGAUCGACAACUUCAAGAGGGACACGCAGGAGGUCAAUGCAUUAAUGCAGUUGGCAAAAACUCGGUUGUUGGAGUUGGCUGGACAUGGGGAGGUGAUCGCACGACAUUCGGUACGCGUUCGAGUCAUCGGUCGGAGGCAUUUACUUCCGAAUGACGUGCGCGUGGCUAUGGAAAAGGUCGAAAAUAUGACCAAAAAUCAUUCCCGAGCGACGCUGAACGUUUGCAUGCCGUACGCCUCACGCGAUGAGAUGGCGCUCUCGAUAAGGGCCAGCGUCGAAGCGUCAUUGCAUCGAGAGAACGACACAUCUUCCCGCUCUCCGGGCCUAUGCUCAAAAUCACGAUCACGUCCGCCACCAUCACGAGAUAUCUCGCAAGACGAUCUCGAAGCGCACAUGAUGCUUGCCGACUCUCCGCCGCUGGACGUGCUCGUGCGCACGAGCGGUGUCAACCGGCUGAGUGACUUCAUGCUGUGGCAAGCAAACGAAAACACACAACUGCACUUUGCCGAUUGCUACUGGCCUGAGUUUGGAUGGCGCCAGCUGGCGCCCAUCAUACUGGAUUAUCAGCGGCAAAAGGUUGCAGAGGGCCUGCGAGGAUGGCUCCGCGAGAAGAUCAUCGACCCGUAGCAGCGGAGAAGGAGGAAGGAUUACGAGAGCUUUGGUGGUGGCGCUUCGUUGAUAUGCGAUCAAGGUUACAUCGUACUAUACAGGAUAAUGUCUUUUCCAGAUUCCUAGUCUUGCGAGAACUAUCAAGGCUUUAUCGACAAAAGCACGAGCAAGUCUACUGCAGAAUGCCCUUGGCCUUGAGCUCAUCGGGCGUCGGCCGCGCGGCCACUUCCUUCCCGAGCUUGUCCU